ACCUCAUAAAGAAAGUUGGAAGAGUGAUGGCGUCCUCACAAUCCUCUCGCUCUCCAAAGCAUCCUCGUGAAAUACGAGACAAUUCAGAUAAAGAAGAAGAAUUUUGUCUCUCCCUGCCAAACAAGCGCCGUAAGCAAGCUCUGAUCCCUGUAAGUCCGUCCCCAGAUUCUUUUCAUUCAUCCCUAUCCUCGAGAGGGAAGGCUAAAAUUGCUGAAGAUGUCGAAUACGAGCCAGACCAGGCGCCAAACAGCUGCGGAAUAUGUCUGUCGGUGGAAGGGAGUGCCGUCCGAGGUUCGAUCGACAUCUGCAACCACUAUUUCUGCUUCGUCUGUAUCAUGGAAUGGGCUAAAGUCGAGUCUCGAUGUCCUAUGUGCAAACGCCGAUUUGACACCAUUCGCCGACCCGCCAAGUCUGGGGUUUAUGCAUCGGAACGGGUAGUUAAAGUACCGGUUCGUGAUCAGGUUUAUAAUGGUCUUGGAAAUUCAUCAGUGGGUCUUCUUACAUUUAAUCCAUAUUUAGAAGUUGGCUGUACUGUAUGUAAAAGUGAAAAAGAUGAGAACCUUCUUUUACUGUGUGAUCUUUGUGAUGCUGCUUCUCAUACAUACUGUGUUGGUCUUGAAGCCACUAUUCCUCAGGGUGAUUGGUAUUGUAAUGACUGCUCAAUUUCAAUGGCAGAGCAUUCAAAUUCUGAAAUGAAUACGAACUCUGACAGUAUAUCCAGUUCUAUCGAGUUGCCCAAACUGCCACAAGCUGAAGAACAUGUUUCUAUAUUUGAUAUUGUACAUGAACCUGUAUUUGGAGCUGUUGGUAACCAUUCUUCAACUAUACCUUCAGUUGAUUCCGAUAGAAAAAAUUUAGGGGGGGCCAGAACAUUGCAACGAUGCCUCAAUGUACAUGGUCGUAUACAAGCAUUGCGUGAAAAUUGGAACUCUUUCAGAACUGGUACUUUGAGUUUUUCCUCCAGAACAACUUGCAACGAUGUUGAUACAAAUGAAAGACGUGAGAUUGGCGCAAAACCACCUAUGGCUUCCUCAUCAGCCUCAGAUCUGAUUCCUGAUAAUAUAUCUUGUUCUAAUGUAGUAGUUUCUGAAGGGAAUUCACCUGACAUACAAAAAGCCUGGAAAAUGCUGGAUGUUGCAAAGUUAAUAGGAAAACCUCAUAGUAAAAUGGGUAUUAUAGCUCAGGUCUCGAGUUGUCCUUCAGUCAACAAUGUAAGAUCACUAACAAAAAAGGCUGUUGCAAGUUCAAGUACCCAACUCUUGCAGGGGAAGGGUAAUAAUGGUGGACACAAAUGUAAGGUUACUAUAGAACAGAAGCCUGGAAAUACUUCUUCUACAAGGAUGAGCUCAAGAUUUUGUGAGAGGUCUCAAGGCCCUGAAAUACCAAGGUACUCCAAGAUGCUGUCUUCCAGUGCUGGCCAACAACAUUUCGAGGGAUCUUUGAAACAAAAAGUUCAUUCCUCAUCAUGUACACCCAUUGAGCAUGUCCAAUCUGCUUGCUUGAAUUUUCCACAAAGGCCAAUUCCAGGACCUUCAAACUCAUCUGUGUUGCCCAAUUCCAGAAUUGAACAUUCAAACAGUAAACUAGGGGUUGAUGAUGGACCCAAGGCAGAGAUUCGAUCCCUUGUGAAGCUCAAUCUGAAGCUUUUAAGCAAAGACAAGGAAUUAGGUGUUAAUGCAUUCAAGGAAAUUGCAAGAUGUGCCACACACUCAAUCUUAGCAGCAUGUGGUUUAGAGCACCCAAGACCUGGAAUCUCUUCAUUUCCUGAUUCAGUAUGUGAUCAUAAAGAUCAACUUCGGAAGUCCACUUUGAUGCCUAGUUCUUGCAGAGAAUGCUUUUAUGUCUUCGUGAAGGAUGUGGUCAACUCUAUCAUGUCCGAAAGAAUGAAUAUCUGAACUAGUACUUGAGGUAAUAGCUAAGGCAUAUCUUAGCUAGUAGUUGUUUUGUUCACUUGCAUUAUCAUUGGCAUCUUUUCCUGAGGAGAGAAGGAUUUCUUAUAUUGUUAUUGGAAUAAAGUUACAUGGUUGUACUAUUGAUGUUAGUUGUAAACAUAAUAUUUUGUCUUCUUAGUUAUUAUUACUAAAUAUAAUUGCAUUU